GGGUUGAAAACUUUGGACAGGAUGGCCUUGGAUUGCUGCUGGAUAUUUUAGAAAGAAUGGUGGAUGGAAAGAGCCAUGACAAAAUAGAAAAGCGAAUCCAGCACAAAGUCGUACAAUGCCUGAAGGCAUUUAUGAACAACAAGCAUGGCUUGGAAAGGAUCAUGGUUGAAGAAAGGAGCCUGUCUUUGUUAGCCAAAGCCAUGGAUCCCAAGCAACCUAACAUGAUGACUGAUGUAGUCAAGUUAUUAUCUGCCAUUUGUAUUGUUGGUGAAGAGAACAUUCUGGAAAAAGUCUUGGAUGCUAUAACUACAGCUGCAGAAGAAAGGGGGAUUACUAGAUUCAGCCCAAUUGUUGGAGGACUACAACAUAAUUUUGUUCAGCUCCAGGUGGCUUGUAUGCAGCUUAUCAAUGCACUUGUAACAUCACCUGAUGAUCUGGACUUGAGGCUUCACAUCAGAAAUGAAUUUAUGCGCUGUGGAUUGAGAGAGAUAUUGCCACAAUUAAAGCACAUCCGUAAUGAUGCCCUGGAUAUCCAGCUGAGGGUGUUUGAUGAACACAAAGAGGAAGAUAUGAUAGAGUUCUCCCAUCGCCUUGAUGAUGUCCGCUCUGAAAUGGAUGAUGCCAGUGAUGUGUUCAGUACGCUGUGGAAUUCUGUCAAGAACACAAAUUCUGAAGGAUAUUUCCUUUCAAUUCUUCAGCAUCUUCUUAUAAUCCGAAAUGAUUAUUUUGCAAGACCACAAUAUUUUAAGAUAAUCGAAGAGUGUGUGUCCCAAAUGGUUUUACAUCGAAGUGGUGUGGACCCUGAUUUCACUUACAGGAAAAGAUUGGAUAUUGACUUCAGCGACUUGCUAGAUGUUUGUAUUGAUAGAGCGAAGACUGAAGAAUUUGAAGAAACAUAUUUGGAAAUGAAAAAAAAAUAUGAAGAAGAAUUUACAAUUCGCCAAGAGACCCAGUCCCAACUGCAGAAAAAUGAAGAAAAAAUCAAUGAACUUCAAGCAGAAUUACAGGCUUUUAAAUCCCAGGGUUUUAAAUUUCCAUCUUCCAUCCUACCAGGGCUGAUUCUACUACCUUUUCCACUAUCUGGUAUUCCUCCACCACCGGCACUAUCAAGUGGAUGCUUACCUCCACCACCACCACCACCUCCGCCUCCUCCUUUACCCCCAAUGGCUGGUGCUGCACCGGGUGCCCCACCUCUACCUGCAUUUUUAGGAGGCCAGAGGUCUCCUCCAAUGAAAAAUCUUCCUUUUGGCCUAAAGCCUAAGAAAGAAUUUAAACCAGAAGUCGGGAUGAAGAGGCUUAACUGGCAAAAAAUUAAGCCUAAUGAAAUGACAGAACACUGUUUUUGGUUGAACGUAAAGGAUGAGAAAUAUGAAGAUAAGGAGUUAUUUUGCCAACUUGAGAAUGCCUUCUCAUGUCAAAGAAAAGGUAACAAAAUAGUGAAAAAAAAUGAUGAGAUUGAAGAUACUCUUGUUAUUAAAAAACGGAUAAAGGAACUGAAGGUGCUUGAGCCAAAAAUUGCCCAAAAUUUGUCCAUUUUCUUAGGUUCAUACCGCUUGCCUUAUGAAGACAUUAAAACAAUUGUAUUAGAAAUUGAUGAAACACAGCUAUCAGAAUCCUUGGUUCAGAAUUUAAUAAAACACAUGCCUGAACAAACCCAGCUGGCUACAUUGGCCAAACUUAAAGAUGACUAUUGCAGUCUGUCAGAACCAGAGCAGUUUGGCGUUGUGAUGAGCAGCGUGAAGAAGCUCAUUCCACGUCUCAGCGCAAUUCUAUUUCGCCUUCAAUUUGAAGAGCAAGUAAACAACAUCAAACCAGAUAUUAUGGCUGUCAGUGAAGCAUGUGAGGAGAUAAAGAAAAGCAGAAGCUUUGCUAAACUGCUGGAGAUAGUGUUACUCAUAGGAAACUACAUGAAUGCUGGAUCCCGCAAUGGACAAACCUAUGGAUUUAACCUCAGCUCUCUUUGCAAACUGAAAGAUACUAAAUCCGUAGAUCAGAAGACAACACUUAUUCAUUUCUUGGCUCAAGUGUGUGAGAAGAAGUUUCCAAAUGUGCUAAUGUUUGUGGAAGAUAUACAGACCGUAGACAAAGCAAGCAGAGUGUCUGCCGAGAAUCUAGAGAAGACAAUGAAGCACAUGGAGCGACAGCUUCAACAGCUUGAGAAGGAUUUGGAGACCUUUCCCCCGUCUGAUGAUGUACAUGACAAGUUUGUGACAAAGAUGUCCAUAUCCUUUUGA